AUGGCAACACGUGCAACGGAUGAUUUGGCACCACCUUUGAAGAAGAUGAAAACAUCAUUUGCCUCUUCUGCUUGUCGAUUGUGCCAUGAUGAAAUUUUAAAUAUUAUGCAAUUUUUAACAAUUAAAGAUGUCGUGUCUUGUUUAUUGAUUGACACCAAUUGGAAUAUUGUCGGCUCAUCAAAUGCAAUAUGGAAACCACUCUAUGAUGAGUUUUUCAUGAAUGAAUUCUUUGAGUGGGAUAGACAAUUUUUGCAAGAUUCUAACAAGCUUGAAAGUGAUACUUUUGUUGCAAUUGAUUAUGAUGAUGACUAUGAAGAUGAUGAAGAGGAUGAAGAGGAUGAUGAGGAUGAGUAUGAUGAUAACAAACAGGAAAAAAAGAAAGUUGAUAAAAGGAAGGAUGAUAAAGUAGUGGAAAAACUGGAAGAAACACAAAAUGAUAUUGAUCAAAUCAAGGACAAGAAUGGAAAUAUUAGUUAUUAUCGAUUAUUUCAAUUUGAUUGUCAUUAUCCGCAAAUUGAUGAAUCAUAUGUUGAUAUUAUUGACAAAUUGAGAAAUAUAGAUUCAAUUACCAAUGUUGAAACUUUGAAAGAAUUAAUCAAACACAUUUGGACAGAUAAUACAGAUUCAGAUACUUGGAAAAAAGUUAUUGGAACAUCAGAAAUGGUUCUUGGCAAAUCGAAUAGGUUAUGGAGAAGUAAGCCACUUCUUGUUUUCCUUUCCAUGGUCUUACUGAUAUUAUUCAAUAAGGAAAAAAUUAAUUAUUCAGAUAGUACCAUCCAAUUAACAGGACCUAGAGAUCAACCAGCUUGUGAAAUGCCAAUAUUAGCUUUUUGUAAAAUGCUUUCCUCAAAUAGAUCGAACAUUUCCAAAUUAUGUUCCAAACACAAAAUUGAUAUCAAGUCUCUGGGAGCAUUUCUAAAAGUUUCUGAACCAAAGACAGAAGAGAGUGAACGCAAAUGGUACUACAACGAUCGAAGGCAACCAGAUGUUUAUUUAUCAGUUAUGAAAAACCUAUUCAGUCACAAGAAUGAUGGAACAUUUAGUGCUAAACAACAAAAUAGUGAUUUCGCCAAUCCUGAUACCGAGGAGUUUGCUCCUUCCUUUUUCAAUGCUGGUUCCUCAUUGAAAAAAAUGUCAGAACUUCUCAAGGUAAUUAUUGGAGAUUCCGAUGAUGAAGAAGAUCUCGAAGAUGAUGAUUUCGACUAUUCUUCUUCUGCUUCCGAAAGUAUUGAAGAAGAAGAUGCCAAUGAAUGA